AUAUUUUGCGUGGUUUGCACUGUUAAAAAUAGUUUGCAAUAAGUAAACUACUGUAUGUAUAACAAGUCAUGUGCUCGUUGUUUUUAUCCUACUCUCUACAAAGUUUAAAAUAAAAAACAUAUGCAUUCCCACUAAGACCAGUGCUAAACAGACACAGGCCGUGUGUUUCUGUCUUGUACAGACUCAAGACAUGGAGAAGUCCAUAACACGAAUAGACGCUGCAUUAGCAGCGCCCAGUGGCCGUAACCGGCACCUCGGCCUAAUUUUUUUGUUGGCUCUUACUUGAGGCAACGUUGUCCCACCCUAAUGCCGUGAAAGCAUCCGUUGUUCUGUUGGACUUGUGCGGACACAUGAAGCGGAGAGGAGCCACCGUUAGAAGAAGUCCGUUUAGACGAACUGGUUUGGUGUGAAAGUUUUCAAACUAUGGACGUUUGUUAAAAGACAACAAAGGUCAAACUUACAUCAAGGGAGACCACAUGCUGCAGCAGUGUCACUGCCUCUUUCUGCUGACCAGGAAUUUCACACACCAUUGUGAUAAAAGGGAUGAAUGAGGGUCGUUCUGUUCUCUUCAGAAGGGGCCACCUUGCCUUGUCCAAGGCUGACACCUUGACUUCUGUUUCGGCCACGUCUAAUGUCUCGGAGGACGCGGGUGAUGGUGUGCCCACUCAGAUGCUGGACUCUGAUACCGUGUUUCCCCUGUCGGAGUUUUCACACUUGUUUGAGAGUGAGGAUGCCACUCCCUCAACCCAGGACACAAGUCAGGAUUCCACCAUAGAGCUGGUUCAGCCGGGCCAAUCAACAGACGGUAGACAAAACCUACGGAUGAAAUUCCAGGGUGCUUUUAAGAAGGGCAUUUCCAAUCCAAUGGACCUACUGGAAUCUACAAUAUAUGAGUCCAAUGUCGUCCAAGGGCCCAAAAAAGCUCCCAUGGACUCACUCUUUGACUAUGGUACCUAUGGACACAUGAGCAACCAGAAGAGACGCAGGAAGAAGCUUCCAAGAGGAAAAACUGAGACGUCUGCAGAAGAUGACCCGAGCUCAGACCGACCGAAGGUGGUAAAAACAUUCAACCGCUCACUGCUCUUUGACUGUGUGUCACGUGGAGACCCCGGAGCCCUGGAAGGCCUGCUGGAGUACCUUCAAACUCACGGCAAGAGACUAACUGAUGAAGAGUUCAAAGAGCCCUCUACAGGUAAGACAUGUCUGCCUAAAGCCCUGAUGAACCUUUACGGAGGUCAGAACGAGACCAUCCCACUGCUGCUGGACAUCGCAGAGAAGACUGGAAACCUCAGAGAGUUCAUCAAUUCACCGUUCAGAGAUGUCUACUACAGAGGUCAAACAGCCCUGCACAUUGCUAUAGAGCGUCGCUGUAAGCAGUACGUGGAGGUACUGGUAGAGAAGGGAGCUGAUGUUCAUGCCCAGGCCAGAGGACGGUUCUUCCAGCCUAGGGAUGAGGGGGGAUACUUUUACUUUGGUGAGCUGCCGCUCUCAUUGGCUGCCUGCACUAACCAGCCUGACAUUGUGCACUACCUGACUGAAAACCCACACAAGAAGGCCGACCUGCGACGCCAGGAUUCACGUGGAAACACAGUACUGCAUGCCCUGGUUCACAUUGCAGACAACACCAAGGACAACACACGUUUUCUCACCAAGAUGUACGAUCUGCUGCUCAUCAAAAGUGCAAAGCUCUACCCAGAAUGCAGUCUGGAGACAGUGCUCAACAGCGAUGGCAUGUCUCCUCUCAUGAUGGCUGCCAAACUAGGAAAAAUAGGGAUUUUUCAACACAUUAUCAGACGGGAGAUUAAAGAUGAGGAAGUUCGUCAUCUGUCUCGGAAGUUUAAGGACUGGGCCUACGGUCCGGUCUACUCCUCUCUUUACGAUCUGUCUUUCCUGGACACGUGUGGAGAAGAACCCUCCGUGCUUGAAAUUCUUGUUUACAACAGUCGAAAUGAGAACCGUCAUGAGAUGCUGGCAGUGGAGCCCAUCAAUGAGCUGCUGAGAGCCAAAUGGCAAAAGUUUGCUGCAGUCACCUUCUACAUCAGCGUGGUUUCGUACCUCAUCACCAUGAUCAUCUUCACCCUGGUGGCUUAUUACCACCCCACACAUGGAACACCUCCUUACCUGUACAAAUCAUCCUCUGACUACCUGCGCAUGGCUGGGGAGAUCAUCACCUUGGCGUCAGGAAUCUUCUUUUUCCUCACCAAUAUCAAAGAUGUCUUCCUGAAGAAGUGUCCGGGUGUGAGGUCUUUAUUUAUUGAUGGAUCUUUUCAGCUGUUGUAUUUCAUCUACUCUGUACUGAUUGUAGUCACAGCUGCUCUCUACCUGUCUGGCAUUAAAGCGUAUGUGUCUGUGAUGGUGUUUGCACUUGUCCUGGGCUGGAUGAACACACUUUACUUCACCAGAGGCUUGAAGCUCACCGGCACAUACAGCAUCAUGAUACAGAAGAUUCUUUUUAAAGAUCUUUUCAGAUUUCUGCUGGUGUACGUACUCUUCAUGAUUGGAUAUGCUUCAGCCCUGGUGUCUCUGCUGACACCUGGAACUGAUUGUGAUGGAGGUUGUCCCACCUAUCCCGACUGCAGGGACCCAGACACUUUCAGUGCCUUCUUGCUAGAUCUUUUCAAACUGACCAUCGGAAUGGGAGAACUAGACAUGAUCCACAGUGCACAGUACCCUGCAGUCUUCCUCAUUCUACUGGUGACCUACAUCAUCCUGACCUUUGUGCUGCUGCUCAACAUGUUGAUCGCUUUGAUGGGGGAGACAGUAGGACAAGUGUCUAAGGAAAGCAAGAAGAUCUGGAAGCUUCAGUGGGCAAAAACUAUCUUGGACAUUGAGCGAUCAUUUCCAGUUUGUCUCCGCAAGUCAUUCCGAGCUGGUGAGAUGGUGACUGUUGGGAAGAACUGGGAUGGGACACCUGACCGUCGCUGGUGCUUUAGAGUGGAUGAGGUUCACUGGUGUCACUGGAAUCAGAACCUGGCUAUAAUCAACGAGGACCCUGGUAAGAGUGAGACCAGCCAAACCAAUGCGCUGCAGCAGAACCGUGGGUUAAGGAGAGACCGUUGGUCCACAGUGGUCCCACGGGUGGUGGAGUUAAGUAAAGGUCGUGAGGCAGUGAUAGAGAUGGAGCCCCUGACACGACGACGCUGAUAACUACACAGCACCAGUACUUCUCGCAAAAGAGGCAGCAGAGAGCUAUCAGCAUCAGUGACAAGGCUCUCCUGGGAACAGUUUAGUCAAUCAGUGCACUCAUUUGCACAUGCCUUCCACUCCAAACCAGGUUUCAUAAAAAUCUCAGUCACAGAGUGCAGUAGGUGACAGAUCUAAGAGCACACAAAGACACUGAAUGGACAAAGUCUUUAGAUAAUUCAAUCAAGAUAUGAAAAAAAAAAAUAGGAAAUUUAAAUCCUUAUGCUCACAGAAAUUAAGAAAAUGGGGCAUUAGUGAUAAGAUAUAUUUUUAAACUAAAUCUAGGCUAAUGUAUCAAUACAGGUCAUUGUCUUUAGGAGCUGAUCACUCAGGGAUUAGAGAGUCAGUGUUUAGUCAUCUCUAUUCUAAGCAUAGAGCUGCAGAAAACAUAAUUAUGGGUUUCAUUAUAGCAAGAUAUACAGCAUAAGUUCUGUAUGAUAUAUUAGCAUUUUAAACAAGACAACAAAAGCUUUUCACUGAUAUAUAAUAAAUACAGUUUUUAGAGAGGUUUGUAACAGAACUAUGUAGAUACAAACGCUAUAUUUCUGUGGAAAUGUUUUCUUUAAAUGCAAUAAAAAAAACUGGAUCUAGAAUAUAAUUCUGAUCACAUUAUUAAAUGUGUUAAAUAGGUUUACCAAACAGUAGUUGUAUUGUAUUCUUAGGAAGUGUAACAACUUCUCUGGACAAAUGUUUUUUGUUCUUUUCAGGACAACGUUUUUAUUCAGGAAAUGCUUGGGGAAAAAAGUAGUACCGUAGCUUCAUGUAUGUCAGCUUUUAAUUGCUUAUACAUAUUACCUGAGGUCAGUAUAUAAUAAGUAAAGACAUUUUAGACUGUAUAUGUAGGAUUCAAUGUUUUAAGCUUGGUGUUUGGUAAAUAUAGUAAAACAGGAUAUUAAUAACUUUUAUUUUUUAUUUUACAUUUUUGUAUCAAACAGUUUUAUUAUUGUCAAAGUCUCAGGCUGUGCAGCUUCCAUUUUAACUGAAACAAUACACUGUGCUAAUUUCUGAUGUGCGCACCAUUAUAUGAAGACAAAGACAUUGUUUGCAACAAAAUGGGCAUGAUGAGCAGGUUGUAGUUGUCAAGCAAAUGGGCAAACGUGAGACAAUAGCCUUCCGUGUUAUGUCUUGUCUUUGAAUUUCCAAAGUUAUUGUUCCUUUGCAGCUGGGGUAUUUGCAUAAUCAACUCUGGGGCCUUGCCAUUAUGUACUUUCCUCUAUUUGCUGCAGUACUUUUGUUGCAAUUGGCUCAUUGCCCUAUAGAGCAUCUAUUUCCUAUGUGUCUCUACUGUAUGAAUGCGUAUAUUCACGUUGUUACACUACAGCACGACAGGGAUUGAUUAAGGGCAAAACAGACCAUGGAUUUCAUUUGGACUAAUUUGUUCCUUCUGAAGGUCACAGGUCAUUGUUCACUCUGUUUACGUUGGUUGUAUAAAGAGACAUGUCUGUGCAAUUUGUAUUGUUUGCACAUUUCAGCGCAGAAAAAUAAAGGCAAUCUUAUUUAUACAAUGUGGAGCUGGCUGCCUGAAUACAAUCUUUGAAUAUAAAGGUACCCAAAUGGACUCAGAAAUGAAUGUACAUGUAGGGGCUUCAAA